ACGACAUAGAUCUAAGUCUAGGUCUAAUUCGAGACGUUGCUAUUAUUGUCAUGAACCUGGUCAUUUCAUAAAAGACUGUCCUAAAUCUAGGAAAAAUGAGCAUAGUGAGCAUGCUAAUUUGACUACGUGUGUAGAUGAUUUAGGUGAUGUUUUUAUGAUGAAAAAUCUAUGUGAUUAUGACUAUUUGAGUUCUGUGAUAUCUGAUUCUUUGGGUAAAUCAGAUUGGGUGGUAGAUUCUGGUUGUAGUUUUCACAUGUCCCCUUUGAAAUAUGUUUUUUCAAACUAUAGAGAGAUUGAGCAUGGCUUUGUGUCUUUAGCAAAUAAGAAGAAAUGCAAUGUGCUAGGAAUAGGAGAUGUGUGCCUUAGGUUCUCUUCUGGUUAUGUGCUUACUUUGAAGAAUGUUAGGCAUGUUCCUGAGCUGUGCUGUAAUUUGCUAUCUUGUGCUUCUCUUGAAAAUGAUGGUUUGAAGGGAAAAUGGGGAAAGGGAAUCAUGAAAGUUGUGAAGGGUUGUUUAGUUGUUUUCAAAGCUGAGAUGAAAAACAACUUGUAUGUUUGUCAUGCUGAACCUGUAUUUGAUUCUGUGAAUUGUGUGCAACCCUGUGUGCUAGGAAAACAGUCUAGAGUUGGUUUUCCUGAUCUACCUAAGUGUACUGAUGUACUUGAUUGUAUUCAUGCUGACUUGUGGGGUCCUUAUGGUGUUUCCACUCAUGGUGGGAAAAAUUAUUUUCUGACGUUGAUUGAUGAUUUUUCAAAGAAAGUGUGGGUUUUGUUGAUUGAGAAUAAAUCUGAAGUUUUUGAUAAGUUUAAAAACUGGAAAACCCUUGUUGAAAAACAAACCGGUAAGAAAAUAAAUUUUUUAAGGACCACUGUCAGUUUUGAUUUCUGUGAUGAUCAGCUUGGUGAUUUAUGUGAUACUUGGGGUAUUUCUAUGCAUAAAUCUGUUCCCUCCACACCCCAACCGGAUGGGGUUGCUGAGAGGAUGGUUAGAACUUUAUUAGAGAGGGUGAGGGCUAUGUUAGCUUCAUCUGGGCUCUCUAAUAAGUUCUGGGGGGAAGCUAUUUGUUAUGCUGUUGAUUUGAUUAAUCUGUCCCCGUCUGUUCCCUUAGGAGGGAAAUGCCCUGAAUCUGUGUUCAUGGGCAAACCACUUAAUUUGCCAAAUUUGAGAGUGUUUGGUUGUGCUGCUUAUGUGAAUCGUGUGAAUGAUAAAUCUGAACCUAGGACUAAGGAAUAUGUUUUCUUAGGAUAUCAUGAUUGCAUGAAAGGUUAUAGGCUUUGGUGUAGGAGUGAAACUUGCUUCAAUGUGUUGAUGAGUAG